CGCGACGUUUAAUUUCAAACAGCAAACUUGAUUCACGUGAGUCUGUAUCAAGGAAACUGGGUAUUAGAACAUUGAGCAAAAAGCGGCUAAAUUUGAUGUGUUGCGUUUCGUUAUGCCAGAAAUUGUCCCGAAUAGAGUUGUUAGCUUUACGAGUGAGGACAAGGCAUUUCCUGCAUCCAAUCUAUUAAAAGGAUCAUCAUUUUCAAAAUGGCGUUGCCUUACCGGUGGAACAAAACAGGAAGCAGUGGAAUUCAGUUUCUCAGAACCUGUUGAAAUUUCACGCAUAGACAUUGGAAAUAAUGGUUCUGCUUUUAUUGAAGUGUUGGUGCGAAGAUCUGCAUCAUCUGAAGAUCCGUCGGUACUGCUUCCAUCUUCAUCUUUUAUGUCUCCAGUGGAUGCAAAAAACGAGACUAAUCUUAAUCGUGUUCGUGUAUUCAGUGGCGAUCAGUUUACAAAAUCAGUUGCUAGUCAAAAAUGGGAUAUUGUUAAAUUUGUCUGCUCUCAACCAUUUAACAAAACACUACAGUAUGGUAUUUCUUUUGUUUUCUUUCAUACUCCAGCUACGUCGAAUCCUCCAGCUGAUAAUAAUAAAGGAAUCAAAGUUGAUAGUCUGAUCACUGAGGACGAUACAGAUUCACUUGAUUUCAAACCGGGAUCACUUUUUCAGGCUUCACGUCAGGCAGUAUCUUGCAGUCAAGAUAGCUCGGAAUCUAAAUCUUCAGUUUCAGAUAAACUUAUUGCAGCUAAACAGUCGACGAAUGUAUCGGCUACUGUAAAUACACCCAAACCAUCAGUUCAUCAAGUGAAUCGACAAAAUACUACUACAAAAGUCAGUAACACUGUUCAUCACUCCAGCCAAAAACCUGCUUCUUCGUCUUCUUCUUCUUCUUCUCCUGCCCCUUCUUCCUCUGCUUCUUCGUCUAGUCAAACACCGAAAGCAUCUGAAGGACAAAGAACAAUUAAACCAACUCAGUCUGCAUCGAACAAACCUCUAUCAAAUGUUAUCUUCACACUGAGUGGUUAUCAAAAUCCCUUACGAAGUCAAAUUAGAGAUAAAGCACUCGAGCUUGGCGCCAAGUAUAGACAAGAUUGGACUGCGGAUUGUACACACUUAAUUUGUGCAUUUCCAAACACACCGAAAUUUAAUACAGUUAAAGGAAAAGGUAUAAUUGUUUCUGAUAAGUGGAUUACACAAUGUUAUGAAACAAAAAGUUGUGCACCAUGGCGUAGUUAUCGUGUUGGUCGAGCUCCUAGUCCACCAAAUGCUAUUUCUGUACACCCUCCUGCUUCUAAUAAUUCUGAUGACAGUGAUGACAGUCAAUCACCUCCAUCAAGGUCAACCCAACGUGUACCAAGCUUAAGAAUGAG